AAACUGGUUCCACCUUCUUGGUGCUUGCUGCAUGCAUAGGAUUCUUUAUAAACCACAAUCAUAUCAUGGGAUUGGCGAAUCUUUUGCUUAUCCAAAGUUAAAAGCAUUGCUUUCGUCCUUCCUACUUUUCUUUUGAAUAAGAGAUCAUACUUUGUUGAACACAACUUGGUUCGAUAGAGAAUCAGAUAAGUCUAUAUUAUAUGUAUCUCUUUCUUCUUUAAAGAAGAAUAGAUUGUUUCAAAGUUCUUAAGAAAGGUAGAGCAAAUGAAGGGAAAGUGGGGCAGCUGAAGGCGGUGGCUAAUAAUCCUAUUGUGCUCAAGUGGGAGAGAGAAGAGGCCAUUUAAAGCUGUCUGCAGCACAAAGAAAGCAGAGUGCAGGAAAGGAAAGCCAUGGAUAUGGUUGGAAAACUUCUACAACAACUGCUACUUGGGGUCAUAAUUUUAGCAGCAACAACAGCAUCUAUUCCGAACUCAAACUGCGAACGUAUGUGUGGAGAAGUAGAAAUCCCCUACCCGUUUGGAACAAGCGAGGGCUGUUACCUUGACAAACCUUUUCUCAUCACGUGUAACCACACGUUCCCUCCUCCAAAACCAUUUCUGGACAUUGAUUUACCUGUCGUGGACAUAUCAGUACCAAAUGGUGAACUGCGAGUCUCAAACCCCGUAGCCCUCCUUUGCAAACGUGGCUAUAGUACCUACAAGAGAAACAUCGCAACUGUGGACUACACACGCAUCUCUGCCUUGCUUAAUUUGUCAAGUUUUCGCAUCUCAGAAACGAGGAACAAGAUCACUGCUGUUGGUUGUGAUGUUUAUACGUAUAUUCAAGGUUUAGAUCAUGGACAGAAGGGCUUCACCACUGGAUGCUUAUCACUCUGUGACCAAAAUCUCAGCGUGGCUAACGGGCCUUGCUCUGGCGUUGGCUGCUGCCAGACUUCAAUACCAAAAGGAGCAACGGGAUAUAUUUUGAACGUUCGGAGCUUGAGCAACGACACCUUACCUGGUGGCAAACAUCAAUGUGGUUACGGCUUUAUAAUUGAGGAACAAGCAUACAAAUUUUCCUCCUUAGAUUUCAGAAACUUAAAGAAUAGGACGACUGUACCCCUGGUGCUUGAUUGGGCAAUUGGAAAUAAGACAUGCAAAGAUGCUCAGAAAAAUAAGACAAGCUAUGCAUGUAAGGCAACGCAAAGUUAUUGUUACGAUUCCACCAACGGCCCUGGUUAUCGUUGCAUAUGCUCCUCAGGUUAUCACGGGAACCCAUACCUUCCUGAUGGACAAGAUGAUAGUUGCCAAGAUAUUGAUGAGUGCAAGCUGGGCCAUUGGAAACUAGCUUGCAAUGCCACUACAACAUGCAUCAACACUGAUGGAAAUUACACAUGUACUUGUCCCAAGGGAUACGAAGGCGAUGGGAGGAUAGACGGAACAGAUUGCAGGCCUAUAGUUGGCCAAUCUAAUAAUAAGAUCAUCAGCAUUGCAUUGGGUGUCAGCAUAAGCCUUUUAGUGCUCCUCGUGGGAACCUCCUGGGUAUAUUGGGGACUCAAGAAAAGAAAACUCAUUAAACUCAAAGAGAAGUGGUUUCAGCAAAAUGGGGGCUUAAUGUUACAACAACGACUCCAACAUCACACAGGAUCUAUGGAUACAACAAAAAUCUACAGUGCAGAAGAACUUAAAAAGGCAACCGACAAUUACAACAAAAGUAAUAUCCUCGGUCAAGGAGGUUAUGGAACUGUUUACAAAGGAGUGUUGGCAGAUAACAAAGUUGUUGCUAUUAAAAAGUCCAAAAUUGGUGAUCAAAGUCAGAUAGAGCAAUUCAUAAACGAGGUAGUUGUGCUUACUCAAAUAAACCACCGGAAUGUCGUCAAAUUGUUAGGUUGUUGUUUGGAAACAGAAGUUCCCUUACUAGUCUAUGAGUUCAUCACAAAUGGGACGCUUUCUGACCAUAUUCAUAAUAAAAGUCGGUCAUCCUUGCUCUCAUGGGACAAGCGUCUGAAGAUAGCUAAAGAAACAGCAGGAGCCCUUGCAUAUUUACAUUGUGAAGCUUCUAUGCCAAUUAUACAUAGAGAUGUGAAAACUGCAAAUAUACUUUUGGAUGGUAACCACAUAGCAAAGGUAUCAGACUUUGGAGCUUCAAGACUUGUUCCUCUGGAUCAGACACAAUUAACUACGUUGGUGCAAGGAACAUUUGGGUAUUUGGAUCCAGAAUACUUUCGUACUAGUCAUUUGACGGAAAAAAGUGAUGUCUAUAGUUUUGGUGUUGUUUUAGCAGAAUUAUUGACAAGUGAGAAAGUAAUUUCUUUCGUUAGGCCUGAAAGUGAGAGAAAUUUGGCAACAUACUUUGUUUCUAUGGUAGAAGAGGAUCGCCUAUUGGAAAUUCUUGAUGAUCACAUCUACAAUGGGAGUAAUGCUGAGGAACUAAAAAAUGUUGCUAAUGUUGCAAAAAGAAGCCUUAGUGUUAAAGGAGACGAUAGGCCUACUAUGAAAGAGGUGGCAGUGGAACUGGAUGGAUUGAGAAAUAAGGAAAAGCAUUCAAGGAAAAAAAGCUAAUCGCAACACAGAUCAUGAGAGUGAGUAUUUUCUUCAUCCAUCCACACAUUCUUCAAGCUUCGAUGUUAGCACUGGCUAUUCUUCCACAAGUACCAUUGAUCACAUGGGAAAUCGAGCACUAACACCA